AUGGCCUUUCGACGAGUAUAUGAUUUUGCCUUUGAAGAUGAUGAUAAUGAUGAAGAAUUUGUCGUUCGACGUCCUCGAUGGAUCCGAGAAAGAGAACAUCAUUUCCAAAAUUUGGACAAUGCGGAUUUUGAGAAAAGAUUCCGACUCUCAAAAGGAGCUGCACUGCAAAUACUGGGUUCAAUUGAGGAACAAAUUGAAUUUGCAAACGACAAGAAUAAUUCUGUUUCUCCAAUGAAUCAGUUACUAUGCACCUUACGAUACUAUGCUACUGGUUGUCACCAAAUGACAGUUGCAGACUUCACUGGAAUUCUUCUUCUUCUUAUAUCCUUUACUAUAUAUGGAAAUGCUGUCCUUGUAGGAGAUAGUGGAUAUUCAAGUAACAAGUAUUUCAUGACUCCUUUUGAAAAUUGUUUGAACCCUGCGGAACAAUUAUACAACGAAUCUCAAAUCAGAACUAGAAACCCUGUGGAAAGAAUGUUAGGAGUUCGGAAAAGACGCUUUCCUGUAUUAUCAUUAGGUUUGAGAAUCGAUUUGGAUAAAGUAUUUCCUGUAAAAGUGGCAACGGCU